AUGGUGGCUACCUUGGUUAUGCCUGUUAGUGCUUUGAAUGAAGUAUCAGAGAAAUGGUGGCUCGGUGUUCCAUUAUGCGACAUAUGGACAGUUAUGGAUGUUCUCUGUUGUACAGCGUCUAUACUACAUCUUGUAGCUAUUGCAAUUGAUCGUUAUUGGGCUAUAACACGUGUUGACUACGUAAGAGGUCAAAAUAAAAAGCCAAUCUACAUUAUGAUAAUAAUUGUCUGGAUAUUAUCCUUAGCUAUUUCCCUGCCGACACGUUUUCAUACAUCCCGAAAUGAUGACUUAUACAAUGAUGUUCUGUACGCUGGUGAAUGCAACAUUAACAAGGAAUACAUUUUUACAAUAUUCUCAACAGUUGUUGCCUUCUAUAUGCCAAUGGCAUUUCUAAUCGCUGUUUAUGUGAAAAUUUAUCAAGCAGCUAGAGAAAGGAUUAGAAAGAAACGCUUUCGAUCACCGUCUUCAGUAACAGCGACGAUGGGAACAGGAAUAGGCAAAGGAACACUGUCAGCGGCGGCCUCAUCAGUAGCUAAAACAACAACACUACCAAUAACCACAAAAUCAACACAAUUAAUUGCUUUAACAAAACGACUAAGUAAUUUCAGUAGGCGCAAAAUUCAAAAACCUAGUCAUCAUAAUAAUGAUGGCCUUGACAAACAAUAUCAAAGAAUGAAUUCAAAAUAUUAUUCGCUAACUAGGUGUACAACGUGUUCAACAUGUGUAAAUACUCAUCUAGUAAGUUGUUCGUUAAAGAUAUCUGUUGAUAACAGUCAAUCACAGACAAGUAAUGAAUACCUGGAAGUUGGAUCAAUUUUCUCUGAAAAUGAAACAUCAUCACCAUAUUUUAGUGAAUGUACAAAUGAAUUUUCUGAUAAAUUCAACUGUUAUCAUAAUACACAUCAGCAAAAUGGUAUUAAAUCUUUAAAUAUGCAUCAUGGUGUGAUUAAAGCAAAUAGUGUGGCAGAUAAACAAAAUCAUGUUGUUCAAUGUUCCAAUACACUGUUGAAACAAUUCACUACAGACAACCAUAUAAAUUGUGUACAAGAAAAUAAUAAUUAUUGUGAUUAUGCAAAUUUAUCACGAAAUAAUUCCACAUCAGUUAAACAUAAUUUAGAAACGAUGAAUAAAGGAAAGGAAAUACACGAGAGAAAUGUUUCCUGUACAAAGAUAUCAACUAGGAGAGAAGUUCAACUAACUCCCAGUACAUCGACAUCUGCAUCAUCAAGUCAGACUAAUGUGAAUAAUAAUAUCGCUGAAACCGAAUGUAAGACACCAGUGAAUUCCGCUAAAUAUCUCAGUGUUGUUAUACAAGAAGCGAAUGAUUCAAUCAAUAAUGAUGAUACUCAACUGAUCCCCAUAAAUCCAACUAUCGACCAAAAACUAAAUCAAAGUGAGCUUCCACAAGAUAAUUUGAAUCCGGUUGAAUUCGACGAAGAGAUUACUACACCACUAGUUGAAUUAGAGUUCACUUUAAACGAAUUGAAAAAAUCAUUUGUUCCAAGCCCAUUAUUAUUAGAAUUAGACGACAUUUCAAAUCAUUUAACAUACUUACAGAAUCCUGUAAAUUAUGUCAGUCGAUAUUCAAUUUUUCCAACAAACUGUGAUGAUGAUGACAAUGAAAGUGAUGAGAGUGCAGGAGACUGGAUCAAUACAUCAGAAAGUAUCAAUACGAAAAGGCAUACCUAUCCAAUUUCACCUCAUCUCUCUUCAAUGGAAAGUUUACUCAGUGUAAAUAAUUUAUAUUGUCCUUCUGUUUAUGAACAAUCCUCAUUACUGCAUAUAAAAUCUCCUUAUUAUGAUGAUUUACCACAAAAAUUAUGUACGCUUAACUUUGAAAAUUUAAAAAAACCACCAAACACUAAUAUCAACAAAGAUGAUGAUGAUAAUAAUAAAAGUGAUCCUUUAAAACAAACCAAUAAUUCUCCAUUAAAAACGCCUAAUCAAACCUGUGAAUUAAUUCAAACAAUAAAUGUUAAUAGUAAUAAUAAUAGUAAGCAAAAUAUAACAACGAAUGUGAAAGAGAACACAGUAAAGAAGAAUAUUUCAGGUACAGUUGAAGAAAACACUAAGAAAGAAGUCAAAAAAGACGAAAAACUGCUAACUGUGACUGCCACCACUAAUACUACUAAUUCUGAAAUCAGUACUGCAGUCAAUACCACGGAGAAUUCCAGUACUACUCCGAGUAAUAAAUCCUCUAAUCUAGUGUCGAGUUUAUCACCUGAAAAAAAAGUGAAUUUACCCAGUCAACAUCGGCCCGCAUCAUCAAAAUCGCUGAUUCACAAAAAUAUCAAUGAAGCUGAAUUACAAAGGGAACGUAUAGAGAAUAGUCGUGAGCGUAAAGCUGCAAGAACUCUUGCAAUUAUAACAGGCUGUUUUAUCCUCUGUUGGCUACCAUUCUUUCUCAAUGCAUUGAUUGAACCAUUCUGUUUUCCGCAUUGUAAUAUACACCGAUUGGCUGCAAGUUUUCUUCUCUGGUUAGGUUAUUUAAAUUCUUUAUUGAAUCCUAUAUUGUAUACUGUAUUUGCACCAGAUUUUAGAAAUGCUUUCAGAAAGAUUAUUUGUGGUAAAUUUUACACGAAUAGAAAACGAUAAAUUAUAUUUUUUCACAGAAUGCUUAUAUUUGUAUACUGAAUAUUAUCACUAUUAUUAUUAUUGCUACUAUUAUUCUCU